UCAGGACUUCUGCUUCACCUACUUACUGUUGUUUUAUUGACAACCAGACCUUCAAAAUAGUCCUUAUCAUCCCAUCCCUAUAGCUUCCUAGAUUCAAGGUAAAAAAUGCCUUGCACAUAAACAUUCUGCUCCUAAACUAUGCAAACAGCACUUAGAAAGACAGGGGGUCGAAAUACAAUGGACAUGGUUGAUUGAAUAUUUACAAACAACUUGUAAACAGGUAAAGACAUUGGCAGGAUUAUUAUUAUAACCUGCAGUUUUAAAAAGAAUAUAGAAUUAAAGCAUAAGUUAAGUUAAUUUAGAAUAUGCAGGAAAUGAUAAGACAAAUUUAAGGAACCGCAGAAAGAAGAAGGAAGUCAAAUUGUUUGAAAUGUUAGGAUUUUUGUAAAAUUAUUGAAAUGUAUACAAAUGAAAACUAUAAAUAAAAUUUAUAAAAGAAAAAAGAAAGGCAAGGGGCAAAGAAGUCCACAUAGCAUAGAACUCAAAAUAUCAAAGAAAUAAAAGCAUACAUUGAUACAUAACUCAUUAUUUAGAGGAUAGGUGUAGGUACAUAAACUUUAUUAAAUGUUAAAUAGGUUUCUAUCUAAUUUUAUAACAGUAUCCCAUACCUGACUGCAAAAUCUUCAGAGAGAAUGGCUGGGAGAUAACCCCUGUUUCCAUGGCCACAGCCAUGCAACAGGUAAGAGAGGAAGAGCCAGAGUUUCCACAGGGCAAUUGAAAAAGUUUUAUAAGUCUAAAUGCUGCCCAUCCAGGGCAGAAAGAACACAAUCCUAACCAUGUCUAUGCAGCCAUAAGACCCACUAAAUUCAUUGGGUCUUACUCCCAGGUAAGCAGGUUUAGGAUUGCAGCCUACAGUUUAGGUGUAUAUCACUUCCGAGACUGAGCUGCUAGCGCACCAUAUUAGACAUGUGAAGGCAGGAAAGGAUAUGGGUGAGAUGCCUCUUACUAAUACCAAGCUCCUCCACUUGGGAAACAAGAAUCAUUCAUCACCACAAUUACCGGCUUCGCAGUUCAGGAGUAUCCCAGGCUCUGGCUUUUGGGAAAGAAGAUCUAAUCUCUCAAUAGAUUAUCCUGCAGCAACCAUGAAAGGCCACAGAACUCACCUCUAGACAAGCAAGCAGGUUCUUUGACAAAUCUAAAGACUGAAGGUUUUUAAAGGCUUUCAGGCCAUCUCCAAGAGAGACAAUUUUGGCUGCAUGGGUUCCCUGCAGAGAGAUGGACUCCACCUGUUCUGGAAAAAAAUGGCAAUUUGUAAAUGUGUUUUGGUCUUUCCUACAGUUCUUAAACUGCAGUUUUUUACAUAUCAGAAAAUUUGUUUAUCUGAUUUCUUUUAGCUUUGUAUAUUCUGACUGUGUGUGGGGUGUGUGUGUUAGAUGUAAAAUAUGUUGCUGUCAUCCACAAGUAUGAGUCCUAUUAAGCUGCAACCCGUAAACCCCACUGUGGUAGAAAACAAUAGUGCAAACUGGCACUAAACUGAAAAAAAUUAAAGAAAUAACUCUCAAGAGACACAAGUCAUAAGCAUUCAAAGGAGGAUCUCUUAGGAUAGAGAAAAUACUUUUAGAAGAGCUCCCAUGGUGUACUAACGUUUCUUUUUAUGCACUGUUGCCUCUAAUCAAACAGCUUUUUGUAACCAUUCAAAACCUGCAGAACCAGUUUAUCUAGAGGCAAAGAUGGUUUGGAUGAGAACAGCGGAGGACCUUGGGGUCUCAAUAUUUAAUUUAGCACUUCCUCCGCACCAUUUGAAACAAUAGUUGCAGCGCCCCCUAGGCUCCGCACUGUGUGAACGAACUGGUCAAACUCCCCUAAAUCUGCCUCUGAUGAGCAUUUAGAAAAUGAGAAGCAAUUCUUUCAAAUCACAUUCCACUCUCUUGAGUGCAAACACAAACUAUCUAGCAUUUUCUUUCUUUGUUUGUUUCUUUAAAAAAACGAUUUAUCUUUGUUUUCUUUUUAAUACUGUACUUUUAUUAGCUGCUUUGACUGGCUGCUUUGAGAGAGAAGAGUGUGUUAUAAAUAGUACUAAAAACAUAAAAAGGGAGGCAGGCAAUCUGCCCAACACAUUGAGUGGGCUUAAGGAAGCACUGAAUUUGCUGCUAUAGGUUUAACAAUAUUAAAUUCCCCAACCUGGUCCCAAGGGCAGAAAGCUGUAGAAGGCUCGUGGGAUCUCCCUUUUUAUGUAAGAUCCCCUCACAACAAAACAAAGCUAUUGCUUCACCCUAGCAUGGUUUUGCUUCAGUGCACCUGGGUUGCAGAAAAAUCCCUUAAGUGGCCUCGUGCAUUCAGCAAGGUACUUUGGCUGCCCUGUCCCAAGGACCAGCCCCUCCCCACUCAGUCCCCCUCUGAGUCCUCCUCUUGAGGCCCCACCGCGGAGUACUUGCCCCUCUCCUCCGCGCACUUAUAGCGAGUAGUUUUCGCUAGGGUGGGGGAACAAGAGAAGAAGCCAGAAGAAAAAAGGGAGCCGUUCCGCAUGGAACAAAAGUUCAGGGGAAUUAGUUCUGUUUCACACAUGCCUCCUACCCCACACUACCCUCCCGACCGGCCAGCCUUCCCUGGAAACGUCCGAAUGCUCUAAUGAAGUCGUGGACGGUGCCAGACUAUGAAAAGGAGCGCCCCUGAGCAUGUGCAGAAUGCCCACACCCGGUGACCGAAGGGUCCCUUAACUUUGGAAGCAGCGAGGCUUGGAAGUAGACUUGAGCUUGGCUGGGCCUAAGUAGCCGUGGUCGCCCGGCCGGGGAGGCUGCCCCAUGGCGGCGCUGGGGGGGGGGGGCGCUCCUUGGGGAGACCGAGCGAGGAGGCCCCUUCGCGCGCGCCCCCGGCCAGCCCUCUCGCUAGCUGGCGGUCAGUACCUGGCUGUAGCCCCCGCAGAGCCGGCUGCCGGCGAAUCCAGGCCUCGCUCAGCGGCACCGCCACCGCCAUGAGGCCGCCGCGCGUUGCCUGGCAACCCGGGCAAACACCGCGCGGCGGCGGCGGCGGAAGGCCGCGAGCCAAGGAGGCCGUUGAGCGGCCGCCGUCGCCCGGCCUUUGCUUUGCCCGGCUGGGCGCUCUGCCCCGUCCCCUCAGGAUGGUCCUCCGCCCCUCCCUCCGCCUGCCCAGCAACAUGGUAAAGGGGAUCCCCUCAGGAGAGCAGGGCAGAGAGAGCGGAAACCCCAAAUGGGCCCCCUGUGCGGGGCUGGAACCGGGGGCGGUCUUCCUCUACACAUGCCCCCCCCCCCACACGGAGCGCGCUCUCCGCCUUUUUUUCAGCGCCAGGAAAGAGCGUCUCUGAGCAUGUGCAGCUGGGGAGCAUGCAUCCUUCCUUGCCCCGCACUCGACAGCAUCCUCGGAUCCGAAGCAUUAUCGGAGAGGCUUCUUUUUAACAUAGAUUUAAAAAGAGUGGGUGGGGGAGGGGAAUUCACGGGUGUGGUUAUUUUAAAGGCUUAGGAUCUGCUCUGAGCUUGUACUGAUUUCUCCCCCACCUUUCAAUUAGGAAGAAUCAGAAAUCGUUUCUGAAGCUGAAUCUUCUGAGGAAGAGCUGAUUCACCUGAAUGUCGGAGGCUGGUGCUUCUCAGUUCCCAAAAGCAAAAUUGCCCAGUUUCCAGACUCUCUGAUCUGGAAAGAGGUUUCGGCUUUGACUCAGAAUGAAAAUGUUCGUCUGUUCAUUGACAGAGAUGGUUACACCUUCAGGCACGUCCACUAUUACCUGCACACCUCCAAGCUGUCCUUCUCCAGCUGUGCUGAACUGAAUUUGCUGUACGAGCAGGCCAUGCUUUUGCAGCUGACCCCACUAUUGCAGGUACUGCCUUUCCUGGCUGUGGGUUGAAAACAUGCUCUAUUGCCCAAAUAAGAUGUAAGCUGUCAAAAGGCUGAUAAGUUAGAGCCCAGUUUAAUGGGACAACUUUCACAACAGUAGUUUCUUCUCUGGCUGCCCUGGAACUGUCCUUUUUGGAUUGUGGAACAGUUUAUAGGGAUGGUUGUGCAGCUCUGGCUGGCUGGGAAAGCAAGUGCCUGUGUCAGUUGUACAGAAACCUUGGCAGAAUUAGAAGCCAAAGCAGGCAACAACUCAAGUUAGGCUUAAACAUGGGCUUAAAAUGUGGGAGCUCCAUGAGAACUCAUGUGCUCCCAGCUUCAUCUUACAACUGGGUUCUUUCCCACUACCUGUUUUUUGCCAGCCAUAAGCUGCUGUGGCUUCUGGACUGGCAAGCUACAGCUAAUAAUUUUCUUCACAUUCAUGAUUUGAAUCCCAAUGUGAGUUUGUACACCCUGGUUAGGUGGCUAGUGUUAACUGGGUUUGCCAAUUUGCAUAUCUGGGUAGUGUGUGGUGAAUGACAAGCAGAAUACAAAGGAAGGAAUCUGCAUGCAAGAGGAGAGAGGCCUCCCUCAUGCCAAGCCAUGGUUCAGUGUUACAUCUGAGUUAUGUAUUCAAGCUGGCAAUCAAAGCACUGAGGCAGAUGGAGCAAAGGCAAUUAGAUUGAGGAGCCUGAAGUCCAGGGAAACAAAAGCGCAAGAGAACAGUAAACUGGGAGUUAUUCUCUUGUCUAGGCAGAAGCCAAAGCAGAAGCUAUUUAUACCUGGCUUGGCCCAUCUGGAGGCAUCUUUAUGCCUGCUUCACUAAUGGGACUGUUGUGGGAUCACCCUCCCCACUUUCCUGCUGACUCUGAAGAGGACCCUGCAAGUCCUAAGCGUACUAUGGAGCAUGAUCCCUCCCCAUCCUGAGUUUUCCACUUCUAGCUCUACAUCCUCUAUGCAUGAGAUAAGUUCCAUUUCAUUCAAGGGGAUAGACUGGGCAGGAAAAGUUCUCAGUGGAUUGUGCCUCCUGUGUCAGUGUUUUAAACCAAACCUAGGUGAUGAGGGUUUACAAGACCCAUCUCAGUCUUCAGCUGCUUGCCUGUCUCACUUUCAGACAAUGAAACGGAGGGCACCAAGACCAAAGGUUGGCUUUGUUCUCAGAUGAGGCAUCACGGAGAACAUAGAGAGGGAAGGAUGCCUAUCAACAGGUGUGGGUGGGACCUGUCACAUAGACAUGUGGGUGCAAGCUGGUUGAUGAAGAGCUUCAGGGCUACUUAAAGCUGUUUUUUUCCUACAAGGCACAAUGAAUUGGACAGCAACACCGAUUCAUCACCUUCUUAAAUUACUCAGUACCCUCAUUAAGGACUCAUCCAGACUGCCUUUGUGCUGUGUUUCUAGGCACAGGUCUGGACUUUAAAGCUGUCUGAGCGCUGUUGUUUUUUGUUCUGGCACUUUCCCCAGGAAAACCCAUGUUUUACCACUGAAUUGGAACAAACAGCAAUCAGGUUUUCCACAUACUGUAUUGCCAUUUGCUCCAAUUCAGUGGUAAAAUGCGAGUGUUCCCAGAUAAAGCGCUGGGACUAAAAUAAACUGUUCUGACACAGUGUUUUAAAGUGUGGACCUGUGCCUGGAAUGCACAGUGCAAAAGGAAGUCUGAAUGAGCCUUAUGACAGGUUAUAAUGGGUCAGCCAUGAACUGUCUGAGUUGACAGUAAUUUACACUUCUGAAUAGGAUACAGGUUAUCUUUGCUAGGUUUCACAGGUCUGACUUGCCCUUUAUUAAAAACCAUCUAUGGCAGAUUCCUCCUAGGCUUCUCCUGAAGACAGAAAAAUAAGUUGGUUCCACGGCCUACAUUGCUGAGCCUAUAAGCAGUUAUGCUGUUUGUUGCAAUCACUCCCUUCUUCACACAGUGCAUUGUUAAACUAUGGAACUCGCUCCCACAAGAUGCGGUGAUGGCCACCAACUUGGAUGACAAGAGGAGUGGACAACUAAGCAGGACCUGAGUUGUUGCUGGGAGUCAUAAGUGGGGAGAGCAGUGCUGUUGAGCUCAGGUUCUGCUUGCAGACUCCCUAUAGGGGCAUCUGAUUGGCCACUAUGGAAAUAGGGUGCUAGCCCUCUGGGCUGAGCCAGCUGCAAGGCUCUUGUGUUUUUCUGAAGCCUCCCUAGCUGAGCCUCUCCAGAUGCCACCUCAGGAAAAGGGAGAGAAGCUACCUUCCCUCUUCCUCCUUAGUCCCUCCUUAAUGAGGGAACAGAAGCACAUAAAAGGUUUGCCAAAGGGAAGCAUCUUUAUGAGCCUGAAAAUAGCAUCAUAUAGCUUAGAAUAGCGCUUACAUUGAUGAUGAUGACCACGGGCUUAUUAAAAACUUUAAGCUUUGCAUUGCUUAGGAACUCUUACUUUGUCCUGAAGCAAUCAACAUUGAGGGCAGUGCCGAAGGACAGUAUCCUAUGCGCGCCAUGCUGUAUUGCAGCCCUCCUCUUUUAACGCUCCUGUGAUUUUGUUUAAAUAUAAUGAAAAUGCAUGCUUAAGAGAUGUUUGCCUGUCUUAACAGACCUUAGACAAUUUGAAGGAAGGAAAACAUAAUUUACGUGUCCGUCCUGCGGAUAUACCAAUAGCUGAAAGAGCAUCUAUGAAUUACUGGAGAACACGAAAAUGUAUCAGCAAGCCUUCCGAAUUUCCUCUUAAAAGUCCAGCAUUUACUGGUAAAAGUCCAUUGUAAGCAACUACUUAAGGUUAGACAGGACCAAAAUGACAAUUGUAGUGAUCAUAAGCAAACAUCUUGGAUAAUUUUUAUAAACUUCCCCUGGCUUCAUUCAGCCCACAUGAUGCCAUGGAUGGAGUGCGGGUUAAGCCCAGGAGACGUGGACUCCAAGCAAACUCAGUCAUUGCUUAUUUAUAUCUCCCCAUCCCUCAGAUACAUUAACAGGACUACCUAAAAUAUAAUAUUUAAUAACACAUCACAUGAAUACAUUAAUAUAAGCUUAAAGCAGCAGCCCUAUAAAAGCAUCAGCCAAAAAGCAUAAACACCUAGGAAAACAAAGAAGCCUUUGCCUGGUGGCACAACAACUUCAGAGUGGUCACCAAGUGAGCCUCUGGGGGGGGGGGGGGAGAGACCAGUUCAUAAUGUCUAUAACAUUAUUAGUGUUUCACAUCGAAUGUUCAUAGAAAGGACUCUAUGAACAGAAAGCUGAAACACUGUAUGUACUUUUGUUACCCAAGAAAAUCUUCAGUAAAAUUAAAAACAAAACCAGGCGCCAUUGCUGAAACAGCCCAUUUGCUCAUAGCAACUGGCCAUAUCUCAGAUGAUGGGGGAACCCAGUGAAGGAACUCCAAUGCAGAUGUAAGUGUAGCGGCAGGUGAGGGGACAGGCCAUCAUUCAAGUACCCUGGCCCUACGUCAAGAAGGGCUUUACAGGAGAGGACUAGUGGUGCAAGAUGCUUGCAAUGACUCAUUCCAAUUAAGCCUAGCAACUGUAUUCCCAAACCUUCAGAAGCGACCCCAGGUGGCUAGGUGAGCAGAUUACAGUCAUUCACUUUCAGUUACAAUCACAUAUCUCAGUAGGAUUAUAAAACGAGUUGAUGUUGAUGUUUAAUUGUUUGGCUGCAUUCCAAAUCACUGUUCUUCCUCCUAAUAAACUUUUGCCUGACAUUAAUUAGAGUGCUGCCCCUUGGGUCAUUUGCUCUAGAAUGAGGCUUGCUUUAUUUUUCACUCGUCUGGGUUAUGACAGGAUAAGUAGCAUGCCCGUGAAGGCGCUGAAUGUGGUGUGUUUGUUUUUUAAGUCCUCUGGAGAGAAAUUAGCAGUUGAACUUAUGCACACUGCUAAGUUGUUUGUGAGAAAACUCUUAAUACAAAUUUGUAUAAUUUUGUGAGAAACAUCCCCUGAGAAACCAAACGGAAACCAAGUUCCUGUCACUUUUGGUCCCAGAGGCGUGAUAAAAGGCAGCAAGGCACAAGACCAGAUUCAUUUUGUCCCCUAGAGGUAGGAGGCUGAACUGAAAGUUGGUGCUCAUUGACAACAGAGAGUUGGGUCUGUUAUACAGAUACUGCCUUAGAGUCACUGGCACAUAUUCCUGUAAUUGAGCAAAGUCAAGUGUUUUAUUUACCCAGAUGUCUUUUCAGCUGAAUUGUUACUACUAAUUGCCUUUCUUUUCUUAAUUGUUUUCAAUCUGUUUUUUUAUAUUAUAUAUUAUUUUUACUACAUUUUACCGAGCUGGGUACAUCAUCCUGGGUACUUUGGUAAUAAGAAAGGAUAGAGAAAAUGUGUGUGAUAUAUAUAUAUAUGAAUGAGAUUAUAAUAACCAGUGCUAUUUUUCUAGAAAAGAGGUGCUGGAGCUCACAAUGAACUUCUGCCUUGUUCUCUUAGAAUGGCAGUGGUUCCCUUCUGAGAGGUGCCAGAGCUUUAUUUCCCUUCAUUUUUAAUUCCCUUGUCACAUUUACUAAGAUUUUACUAUUCCCUUUAUUGAGUUUAUACCCAUUAAAUAUACUUCAGAUUUGUAAACUGUAUUAUGGAUUUUGUUUAAAUCAAAUGGUGUAUAAAUUUUAUUAAAUAAAUUAAUUAAUUAACAAUGACCCAGGCUAAUCUUUUGGCAUAGAUAAUCCCAAAGCUUGCUGAAGAUCAACAACCAUGUGAUGUCAACUAUUUCUUUGUAUUUAAUUUGUCGGGUCUAAAAAAAAUGCAGAUAGCAUUAGCCAGCACAGAUGAUCAUGAGCUUGGAAUUUUUGCUCCCCUGCUUGCACCAGUGGAGAAUUUCUUCUCAGUUACAAAUAUCAGCUCCAGAUGAGGAUUUUCCCACAGGACUACAGCAAGGAAAAAAGGUUAAGCUUGCUUCCUAGCCUGCUGGGAUUCCUAGUGAUUAUCAGCUGCAACAGCUGGUGCUAUUUGCAUGGGAUCAACAGCUGGUGCUAUUUGCAUGGGAUGUUGUGUGUAGACUGGGGUCACACUUACGGUACAUCAAACACUGAAAGCUCAUUGCUUCCCCCAAAGAAUCCUGGAAACUCGUUUGCUAAAGGGUGCUGGGAAUUUUAGCUCCAUGAAGGGUAACCUAAAAUUCCUAGGAUUCUUUGGGGGAAGCCAUGUGCUUUCAGUGUAUGGUGUGUGUGACUCCAGGCUCUGGAUUCAGAUUUCUAGUCCUUUAUCUGCUGUCUCUGGUCUUCCUAGCUCCUUGCUGACAUUCACUUUUUCUCCCUAUUAGGAUUACAUGAGAAAGUCCCCCUAGGACUAAUGGACACUCCGUUGCUAGAUACUGAAGAAGAAGUGCAUUACUGCUUUGUGCCACUAGACAUGGUUGAAAAAUAUCCUUCCUUGGUCAAUGAUGACAACUUGCUGUGGCUGUCUGACAAUGCUGUGCUGAUAGAAUGUGAAAGCAGCGAGUUUCGCUUCAUAGGUAAGCCUUUUCCUUGAGGAAGACAGCAGCAGCAGUAGGCAACAAAUAAACAUUUCCUUCUAUUUCAUUUUUAAAAUUAUUAUAACACCCUUUCUACUACUAAUAUGCUACCAGAGGCAGUUUCAGAACCACAGGUCAUGUUGGGGCAAGUGGAAUAUGUGGGAGUAGGAUGUGGGUUCAGGUUUGGUUUUGGUCUUGGUGCCCUGAUGGGUAACCUUCAAGAGAGUGGUGAAUGGGAGUGCAACCCUGUUGCUUUUGCUAGAACUUUCAGCGGCUUUCAAUUAUUGUUGGCCACAGUAUCCUCCUGGACCAACUCUAUGAACUGGGGUGGGUGGCACUGUGUUCUGCUAGUACCUAUGGGAGCAGGUUCAGAGAAUCGGGUUGAGGUCUUGCUACACUCUGGGCUCAUCUUUGUGUUUUUCAUUUUAUAAUUUCUAGCUAAUUUUCUUCGCUCAGAGAAGAUGCUUUUGCCCGACAACUUUUCCAACAUGGAUGCUCUGGAGGCUGAGGCUGAGGCACUGGGGAUCCCCGAAGUCACAGAAGCAGUGAAGACCUACAAGAGGAACCCUGGUGUGGUUCUUAAUUGCAUCUUUCAGUGUAACUCAUCUCUAUAUUAAUAGAUUUCAAAAUAAAAUGGGGAUUGGGCCAUGGGACUUUCACUGGAUUAGAAAGUCAAGAGAGGUAUAAAAUAUAAUCAGGAUUCUUAAUUGUUCAUUUCUCAUUUGUACAUUUCCCUUUUAGGAACCUACUCAGAGGGAACAGCUGACCUUCAAGGCGUUGUGAAAAGCACCAUGAAGAAGCCGCAAGCUGUUCAGGAAGCAGCAAGUCUCCCUUUGUUCCCAAUGGCGCUUGGUCUCUUGGUCAAAUAUCCUGACUCUGCUCUGGGGCAGCUUCACAUGGAGAGUACCCUGGAUGGGAACAAGCUCUAUAUAUCCGGGAACGGAGUUCUCUUUCAACAUGUCAUGUAUGUCUUUUUGCACCAAAGCAGAACCAAUUAGCUGUUAGUGUGCCUAAGACCACUGGGGUGAGGUGGGAUAAUUGACCUUGCACUAUGCUCAAACUCAAAAGAGAGGAGCUUCUCAACUGAAAUUGAAAAGAGCAUGACUGGGUCUUUGAGCAAUUGCUGUGCCCCUAGAAAAAAAGGGAAUCAUUGGUGGCUUCAAAAUAUGUAGGGAAAUGCUUUGAUCUUAAUACAUUUGACCAUACACCUAUUUGGUUUUACUUUCGUGUACUUUGAUGGCAUUGUUUGUUUGAUGGUUAAUUUAUAUGAUUCUUGACCAUGUUUGCAUUCCACCAGCCUUAAUUACUGUUCUUCAGGUGCACAAUUGCAACUGAAGGUUUUAGGCACACUGAAGUUUUUCUUAGUUGUCUAAUGAAUCUGAUUUAAAUAAAAUUGGGAGUUGGGGUGGUGGUGGAAAGAAUGCAUGUGUAGCCAAAAUAGUAGGAAAGAAAUCAAAUGGAUAUCUUUAAAAAAAAUGCAAAAAUAGAUAAAGUAAUUUCUUCUAAGUCUAUUCCCCCUUUUAUCCAAAGGAAUUGGUUAGGCACUUGCAGACUCCCACUUAUACGGAAGAUGUCUGAGCUUCCUGAACUCUGUGCCUAUUUGGAUCAAAUGGAUAUCAUAUAUGAGCCAAUGAAGGAUGCCUUGAAAACUUUUCUAAAACAAAAGGCACCUUUAGAAACCGUGGGAAAAGGUAAGUCAGCUGUUACUAAUUUGACCCAUCUUAUUGAGUUUUAAGGGAGGGAACAAUGUCUUUUUAGUAAUGAACAACAUGGAAUAUUGAAGCUAUAAAAGAGCAGAAUAUGAAACGUUAGGUUUGAACCAAUGGUUGUUACAAAACAAGUAGUCAUUCCCCACAAUGUGUUUAUUGUCACAAACAUUGCAAAUUACUUUAUAAGGAAUAUCAUUGCAUUUUAUGUCCAUAAUACUCUGAUUUACAAUUAUAGCAGCUCAAUCAGAAUUCCACACAAAAGUAUAUAACUGCAUGUAACUGUAGGGAUGUGAAGGCAGUCUGCCAGGUGUGCUCAGGCACACCCCAAUGCUUAAAAAUAAACCACUGCAUAUUCUCCAAGAGGCCUCGGGGAAUAUGUGUAUCUUGUCAGCGUUUGGCACAUCCUCCAGGUGAUAUCAUAACCUCCAAGACACAUCAAAGAAAGUGCAUAUUUUAGCAGAAUUGUGUACACUGCAUGUUUUGUGCAUAUCUUGAGAGCUAUUAUACAUUCUCUGAGCAAUAUGCAUUAUAUCCAAGAACACGCACACUUCAGCAUAAUCAGAUUAUUGCAGUGUACAAGUAACCUCAGAUAAUCUGCAAAAAACAGCAACCUAAGUAGGGACUUUAGUGGACUGUCUGUAAGCACUGGCGGAGGAACAGGGGUGCGGGGGGAGUGCACCACCCCUGGUGGCACGAUCCCGGCGGGGUGCCAUCGUGGCUGCCCCCUCCCUGUGCUGGGCGCCAUACCCCCGGGUUGCGCGCCAGCCAUGCCCCCCACCUGCUCUCCACCGCCCGCCUUGCCGGAGCUUGAAGCUUCGCCACUGUCUGAAUCAUAGAAUCAUAGAAUCAUAGAGUUGGAAGAGACCACAAGGGCCAUCGAGUCCAACCCCCUGCCAAGCAGGAAAGUGAUGUAAGUGAUAGCUGGCAACUGUGAUGAUUAAACUGAAGUUAUUCUGCAUAUAUAUGCAGCAACUUUCUACACAUAAGAACCCUGCUGGAUCAGACCAAAGAUGCAUAUAAUCUCACAUCUUUUUCUCGCAAUGGGCAAGUAGAUGCUUCUUGGAAGCCCACAAGCAGAGGAAAAAAUGUUCCAUUUGGAUUCGUUCAAAGAGGCUCCCUGUAACUACUGAUCAGUGAUUACAGCGAGCCCCUCUGAAUGCAUUCUCACAGCUGAUUGGUGGUUACAGUGACCUUCUUUGAACUUUGGCAGGUGGCAGACACCUAAUGUCAGGUGAUUUACUGCUGUCAAAAUUGGUCCACAGUGGUAGAAUUGGGAAUCAGGCCCACUGGCUAGAUCUAAUUCCGCAAUCUAGUUAUAAACUUUCUGCCACAGUGUGCUGAAGUAAGACUAGAGCAAAUUUUGACCUGCAACUGCAAAGGAGUCUUUGUAAGCAUUAAUAGAAGUGAGCAAAAAAAUGACAUUAUGUUGAGUAAUUGGCAAUGUGUGCAUGAAUGCUGAGCUGUAGGUUGGUAUGGCUGUCAUUGCCCAUGGGCCAGCUGAAAACUGCCCUGCUCUAAGGGCAAAUGGUGGGGAAACUUGCUUGAAAACUUGCUUUUUGAGUUCAGUAGAUUAUCUGCAGCUCCUUGCAUGGGCAAAACAUUUGUAUAUGAGCUUGCAAUAGGGAGGGAUUUUGUGGAUCAAGGGUGUUCACCACAUUGACAAAAGCAGCAAUGCCUUUAAAAUUGCAUUCUGUUUCUCUUUCACAUGCAGGCUGGGCAGCAGGACUAACUGUCUUUUCACUCCAUCAUAUUGUCAAAGUGUAUGUUGGAAGUCACUGGUACGCAACUUAUUUGCAAACGUUACUGAAGGUACAGUUCUUAAGAACGUGUGACAUUGCCUUUCUUGCCUUUUGAUAGUCUGAACCUUCAGGCCAAUUUCCUAAAAGCACUGAGGUGCUUGCACUAAACUGUAUCAGCAUACUUGUGGGAGGUGGCACUAAACUUCAUUUCUGCUAGCGUUUUGGCAUGAAAGGUUCUGAGCUCACCUUGUCACACGCUUGCUUUCUAUGGGCAUCUUUUAACAUGUCCCCCUCCCUACAUCCUAGUGGAAUAGUUCAUAUGAACACCUGAAGCUGCCUUAUCCCAAGUCAGAUCAUUGGCCUGCUUGGCUUGGUGCUCUUUACUUUCCCAGCAGCUUUCCAGUGCUUCAGGUUUAGUCUCCACCAUCUUCAGUUUAAAAGGUUAAUUAACUGGUGAUGAGAGAAGACUCUUCUCUGCCUGAGAUAGUUCUGGAGAGACAGCCAGAGAAAGCUACAAGGAAGAAAGCUUCAUGGCAUACAAAUAAUCCUUAACUGUAUAUGCUGGAGAUUAAACCUGGGACUUUGCAGGCAUACUUGAUAAUAGUGUUACAGACUAGCACACAAACUGAAGGCAAUUCACACCUCUACAGUACAUGCUUUAUUUACACAUAUAUACAACCUGUGUCUAGACCGAGAGAGCACAGAACAUUCAUAUCCCAAGAGGUUCCUGUUCUUCCCAUUGCUGCAGCCGCAUAUUCCAAGAGACUCCAACAUCCUGUCUGACCUUCUCUGCAGCAUAAAAUGGACUGCUUGCCUCAUGCUCUAGCCUACCCAUCCCUGCUGCCUCAGCUUGCAAAAGGGACACUUUUCCUGUUCACUUACCUCAUUGCUCACAGCAUUUCUGCCCCUCCCUCCUGAAACUCUGGACUUUUGUCUCUGCUAUAUCUCGCCUCAAGGAGAGGCUUUCACCAUUUUCUGUCGGGCCCAGAGUGUGUGUGUUAUUGGCCUUCUUAAUGGAUUAAUGGCUCAGCUUGACUCAUUAGCCUAACUAAAUCCAGGGUUUCCUGUCUUUGGCCCAGUUUAGUCAAACUUUGAUUAAUUAUAACUUUUACUAAAUCCAAGAGUUAUGAGUGGCUCACAAACUCUGGCACCCAGAACCUAUAAUAAUACAUUUUCCUUGUGGAGUAGAAAAGUUGUAAGGGUUGUUUCAUUGUGGGUGAGUGUGGGCAAAAGAGGGCUGCUUUCUCUUUUAAGCAAGUUGUGCUUCUGUUCUUCUUUAUGACAUUGGUUUGUUUGGUUUUUUGCCAGUUUCCAGAGCUGCUGUCAAAUAGCAAAAAGGUGUAUUGGAUUACUUAUGGUCAGGCUCUCCUCAUCCAUGGAGAUGGACAAAUUUUUCGACACAUCCUUAACUUCCUUAGAUUUGGUAAACUCUUCUUGCCUUCUGAAUUUAAGUAAGUGAUAUGGUUGCCAUUUCCUGUGUUCCUAACAUGGUCAGGUCAUGAUUAAUGCAGCCUUCUCAACCAAUGCAGGACAGCCACAUGGGCUUUGUCAAUGGGAAGUUUAUGCUUUGGCAGAAGUGGUCUUUGGGUGGAGGGGCUGCAGCAAGUCCUCCGGCAAUCUUAAACUCACAGCCACUAUUCAGUGCCACCCAUCAAGGGAAAUUGGCCUAGGCAUGUCCCAUCUGGAUGCCUCCUUCCUAUUAGACAGAGAGUGGAAUGCUGGCUACUUCUCAUAAAAGUCCAUAUUCUGGUGCUGUGUGAGGGAUACAUGUAGUGCUGUCCUGUGGAGGUGCCAGUUUCCAUCUACUCUGCUUCCAGCUUGGCACUACAAAGGAACUGAGGUGGAGCCUCCUCUGUUUGCUCAAGUCUCUUCAGCUGUAUCAUGUGAUCCUGCCUGAUCUGGAUAGUGGGUGGAAGAUAUAACAACACACUGGGCCAGUGCGGACUUUCACAGUAAAUAGCCAAUGUUCCAUUUUGACUCACACCCAAGAUUUGGUAUGAGUUUGCAGCAGAGUGUAAGGAGGAGAAACCAGUUAGCUCUUGAGGGAACAUGUGCCACCCUGAUAUUUUAAGAUGAGACAUGAGCUUCAACAUGCUUUUUAGAGCACCUGUAUUUGAGUUGCACAGUCUUGUUUAUUGCCAAUAAUGUUUUUACAAAGUUUGACAGGGCUCUCUGCGCACUUGAUUUGCAUAAACAAGCCUUGAGUUUUGUUUCUAAUUGUCAGAGAAUGGUCUCUGCUGUGCCAGGAAGUGGCCGCGUAUCAGAUCCCUUCUCUUGUCGAGGCUCUUCAUCAAUAUGACACAUACAGGUAUCCUCAGUUUCUUUAUCUUUUAAAAAAAUCACGUAUCAACCAGUGAUGUUCAGGGGGCAUGAGAACUCCCUCUGGGUGGACAAUAGGCCAGAAUUACAGAAAUCCAAAGCACAUCUACAAGCCCCUCCCCUGUAGUUGUUUGUCCCUGAAUGCCCUCUUCAUGGUAAACAGCUGGGAGGCAGUUUUAAGCAGGGCUGGGGUGGGGAGUUUGGUAGGAAACAGUCUUUUAUCCAACACCCCUGGCCAACCUCGUUGCCCUUUGUUCCUGAAUGGGAUGUUUGUGGCAUCAGCACUGUCAGGCGCAAAAAACCCUGCUUUUAAGAAUGAGAAGGCAUCAGUACAAUGAGGAGGUUUCGGAGGAGAGAUUUCUUUAUCUAUGUAACUCAUAUUCUACCUUUUUGCAGUAUAGGACCCAAGGCAGCUCACAGUACAAAUUAAAACAAAUACUGCUAAAAAUACACAGCAUUGACACAAUACAGUGGUACUUCGGGUUACAUACGCUUCAGGUUACAUACGCUUCAGGUUACAGACUCCACUAACCCAGAAAUAGUGCUUCAGGUUAAGAACUUUGCUUCAGGAUGAGAACAGAAAUCGUGCUCCCGCGGCGCGGCAGCAGCAGGAGGCCCCAUUAGCUAAAGUGGUGCUUCAGGUUAAGAACAGUUUCAGGUUAAGAACGGACCUCCGGAACGAAUUAAGUACUUAACCCAAGGUACCACUGUACUUUCAUGACAUGCCUAAUUUUAUAAACUUCUAUUAUGUUGCCUCUUACUCACCUUUUCUCUAAACUAAAAAGUCCUAAACAUGACAACCUUGCCUCAUAGGAGAGUAAUGCUGCACCCCUUUCUCAACUUUGCAAUAACUUUUUUGAGGUUAUUUUGAGAUUUACAUAAUGGCAUUAAAAUAUCAGCACUUUUAUUUCCAAAUCCUUUCCUGAUUAUUCCUAGCAUGGAAUACAUUCUUUUCACAGCUGAAGCACACUAGGUCAACAUCUUCAUCAAACUAUCCACUAAGUUCUCAAGGUCUCAUUUUCCCAUGAAUUGAUACAGCCAACGCUUCCUCCUCUUCCUCUAGCUUUUGCUCACAAACUGCUUGAAAUUUCUACUUCCCCCCCUCCAUUUUUUCAGUGUAUACAUCUUAAUACAUUUUGAAGAUGCAGGCAAUAUUCUUAAAUACGGAGGCAGGCACACUACCUCCAGAGCCAUGGCUGACUUCACAGAUGAUUCUUGUAAUGUGAAAUGUUUUAUUUACAGGUUAUGGGUACAACAACAGGAAGCUCAAAGAGCAGCUUUUCCAUUUAGAAGUCUUGAGAUUGCAGUGCCAGAGAAAGAACAAGAGUCUGGUGAAGAGCCUCAAAAUGUAAGGUUAUUCUUCACUCAAUGUUAUCAUUAAGAACAUAAGAAGAGCCUGCUGGAUCUGGCCACUGACCCAUCUAAUCUGGCUUCCUGCUCCCACUGUGGCCAACCAGAUGCCUGUAAGAAACCCACAAGCAGGACCCAAGUACAAGAGCACUCGCCCCUCCAAUGGUUUCCAGUAACUGGCAUUCAGAAACAAACCUACCUCCACCCAUGGAGGCAGAGCAUGACCAUUGUGGCUAGUAGCCAUUGUGCUUAGCCUUACCCUCCGUAUCUAACCCUCUUUUAAGGCCGUCCAAGUUGGCAGUCAUCCCUGUGGUUUAGAAUGAGUCUACCUUACAAACCUCUAAUGUUUAACUGUCUUAACUUUCUCCCAAUCAUUUCUGGAAGGUUCUAUAAUCCUCAGCAUUUCUCAAAGAGCCCAAUUUAUUAUUCACCCUCCAAAGAUACAAAAGCAGCUGCCACACCUCAUAAAAUUAUAACAGAAUCCUGUUAUAUUGCUUCUAAGGGAACUCAAAAGCAGGGAACUUAAAGCAGUUGGAAAACAGGAUACAUUGACGCUGCCAAAUUACACUCUGUCUUAGAAUUUUAAUGGAAAUUUUCCCUUUCCCUUUCUUUUCUUUUUUAGCACUCCUAUAUUGCUGUGGAUUUAGAUCAAUGUGCCAAUAGCUGGAAUAUAUCUAGAAAUACACAAGACCUGGAAGAAAGAGACAAAGUGAAUGAAAAGUCCCCCCACAUUUCCCCAACCAAGGGAUCAAAGCGAAGAAAUAACUGGGAAGGAUAUAGCCAGUCCACAGAUGGGUGGGACAGUUCCUGCUGUUUCAGACAGCCUGAAAGGAAAAGAGGAGCAAAAGGCAAUUUAAGCAAAAAACCUGAAAACAGAGACACUCCCAUCCAGAAGCUCAUUUCCCUAGUGCAGGGAUGGGAUAUGGCGAACUAUCGGUGCAGUGAAGCCCAGCAGGUGGCAACAUCCAAUGGUGUCAAAGUGGCUGAAGAGCCCGAAAGGAGAGUGCCUUGCAAUUUCCCACCAGCCACUUGCUUUGGGGUCACCAGUCCUGAGCUCACAAGUAAUGGGCAGCUGCCGAAAGCUGGGCAGUGCCUGCUGGGCAUCCCGGCAUCUGAGGCGUGGCUGGUAAAGAUUGGAAGACAAAGCAUUUCUGAGGAGGUUUCUUCAGUGGCUGAAAAUAUUGCAGCCAAGGAACUGAGUGGCCAGAAAGAGAGAGAGAAAGGUGAAUUUGCUGCUUGUAAUUUGCGCUCUCUGAGGAUGUCAGGAACAAGGAGUGCCCUCCUCUUUUUCUCCCCCCCCCCAAAGCAGGGGUUGCUGGGACCUUUCCUUUCUCCUUGCCCCUUCUGCCUAUACAUAAUGGCUUCUUGUUCACAGAGAUGUGGGAUUAGUGAUCAAUCACCUCUUUAUUCAUGAUAGAGAGGGGUUGGUGUAGAAGCAGGUGGGGUGGAUAUUAUCUCAUUGUCAUGAUCAGGCCACUUCAUGGUGAAGUUUGGUCUUGCAAUGAUUACUCCUGUCUUCAGCGGUGGGGGACCUCUGCUGGUCCACCCUUGGAGGUUGAUGGCUUUAGGGGAUUUUUCAUUGGGUAGAGCAAGUGAUCCUAUUGAGGCUCUUGUUUCAUUGUGGAACAGUGAGAUGACUGGGGCCUUUGACACAAUUGUUCCAAAAGGUCCUCUUUGGCACUGUGGAGACCACUCCCUGGUACUGAAGAGCUGUGGUUGAUGAAGUAGGCUGGAUGAAGACUGGAAUACAAGUGACAGAAAUCAGUGCUAUAAAAAGAAAAAAUGAAAGAGGAAAACAGUGAUUAACUUCUCCUCCUGCAAGGAGCAUCUAAGGGGAAAAUCUUCAUGAUUGUUGCUCUGUGUUUAACAAUUAGAGGUAGAAGCUGCAAGUCAGCUGCCUCUGUGAUGUUGCUGUUUCGAAAACCCACUUGGGAAGGAUCUGUUCUUUAAUUGCUUAUGGAGUUCCAUGAACUGGUUGCAGGGAUCUUUAAGGGAUUAAGUCUCUAGCAUUUGUAUGCAGAAAGAGGAAGGUUAGUUAUUUCAUCAGUUGUUCUUCUGCUUGUUCCCAGGCUUCUGCAAGUUCAGGCAAACUCCACGGUUGCUAUAGAGGGCUUAUUUAGCUGAUACUUUGCCGUGAAAAGUUGCUUGAAUUGUUCAGGACUGGGUUAUUCAUAUCUGAAUAGCUUCAUAUUUAUUUAUUUUAGGGGCUUAUAUCUCAUACAGUGAAGAACGUAACACACCCAUCAAACAGCAUAAAAAGAGUCAAGAGUUGGAUGGUGAAGCAUAAAUAAAGGCCUGUGUGAACAGGUGUGCCUUAAGUAGGCAAUUGAAAGAAACUACUGAUAAUGCCUGCUUACGAUGAAUAGGCAAGGAGCUCCAGGUCAAGGUGCAGACACACUGAGUUCCCUGUGAAAACAUCAUGUGGAACCCUUCAUAGUGCCUCUAUGCUGGGCCGCUAUGAGGGGCAAGAUGGUCUCUCAAGUCAGCUGUUCCCAAAGAGAGCUCCUCUUACGGAUCAGUAACUGGUUAAGAAAUAGGAAGCUGAGAGGAAGACUAAAUGGAUAGGUCUCCCAAUGGAGGGAUGUAGAAAAUGGGCUCCACCAAGGAUUGUAACUGGGGGUUGUGUGUUUUACUUUCUUCACUCUAGAGUUAGGGAUGAACAGUGAGGUUGCCAAGUUUGCUGAUGAUACCAAAUUGUUCAAAGGGUUAGAAUAGAAGAGGAUUGAGAGGAGCUGUAAAAGGAAACCAAUUCAUAAAUAAGCUUAGCCCAACCCUAAAACUGAGUGAAUGGGCAGUAAAAUGGCAAAUGAAAUUAAAAGCAAGUGUAAAUUGAUGCAUGUGGGAUCAACACCCCCACUUUAAUUUUACUUAUGCUUAAAUAGAACCAAAACUGGGGGUCACUGAUGAAGAAUGAGACCUUGAGGUUGUAGUGGACAGCUUGAUGAAGGUGUUGAUUCAGUGUAUAGCAGCUGUGGAAAAAGGCAAAUUCCAUGAUGAUAAGGAAAGGGAUUGAGAAUAAAACUACCAAAUAUCAUAAUGCCAUUGUACAAUUUCAUGGUGAAACCACCAUGGGUUUAGUGUGUAUAGUUCUGGUCACACCUCAAAAAGUAUAUUAAAGCACUGGGAAAGGUACCAAAAAGGUAAAAGGGACGGAGCAACUGUCCUAUGAGAAGGGUUACAACACCUGGCACUUUUUAAUUUGGAAAAAAGUGAAGAAGACAGAAUGAAAAGAGGUGUGCACAUGCUGUGGCAUACAUGGGGUGUAGAACUGGCCACAGAAUGGUGCCUCUUUGCAUUCCAUGUCCCAUACGACUUCCUAAAUUCCAUUGAUAGAGGCAAGUCAGGAUGCAACAUCUGCUAACUCUUUAUAUGCCAAUACAUAUAUCAUGUUAACAAUUUUUACCCAUUUCUGCCCAGGGACAUUCCCUGAACAAAGCAGCAGUGCUAUCAUGGAUGAGCCCCAUGGGGACACUGGCUUGAUUAUUAAAGUGGAGCAUCCUCCGAUUGUGGCUUGUGAUGGUUCCUGCUCAUCUCAUGAAAGCAGCAUUCUCUACAGCACACACCUGGAGGACAUGAAAGUAGCCAGUGGUCUAGCACACCCCAUGGCCAAAGGUACUGGGCAUGGGAAGCAUAUAUAAAGAAGGGGCAGGGCUGAAGGGAAGGGGGGAGGGACUCCGCCCUCAGAAAAUAGAACCCCCCAAUUCUGUACCCAGAAUCUUCACUAUUUCUCCCUGCAAAAUGAGAAAUUACUGUAUAUUUUGGCAAGAAGUUCCCUCUUGUAACCAUUCCUGUAACAAAGAUCUUGCCCUGUUGAGUUCAAGAAAAAAAUGGUUAUAUUGUGAAGGCCUUUUCUAUUGUAUUUCAGUGGGGUAAUGGUGCUUCCUGAACAUCAAAUAAUGCCACAAGUAGAGACUAGCUCUGAGCUGUAUAGAGUUGUGUCCAAUAAUACAAUUUGGUGAGACUAUUCAGUGUAUCUGGGAUUUUCUUCUUGGGCAGUUUGGUUAGUGAAUGUCAUGGAACUUGCAUCUUGCUUAAGUCCUUGAGCGUGACCUGCUCUGCUAGGCUUCUCAUGAUGCUGCAGCUGCUCUCUUCUAGAGGCCCACAUGGUUGGAUUGUUGGCAUCAGUCGGCAGUGUGGGUUGCUGAAUAAAACAGCUUUGUCUUCAGGCAGAUUAUGCUAGAUUAACGGUCUUCAACCAGUGGGUCAGGAGCUGUGGUUUGAUUUAAGGAGGAACACAACAGUAGCAGCACCAUGCAAAGAUUUGACUAAAAAAAAGAGAAAUGGCUCCCUAAAUGCAUAUUUUGGUUAAAAAUGAAAGUAAUAUAGAAACAUGCUUUAUCGUAGGGAAAAUUGCUUUGCAAAAAUAUUAGGGGGAAAUGUAUGCAUUGGAAGAAAUUCAAACUACAAUGCUGUUUAAUUUCUAUUUAUUUUAUUUUUAUUUUAUUUUUUUACAAACAGAUAAGGAAAUAUAGAGAACCGAAUUUAAAACUGGAAAACUGAGAAACUGAGAGAAAUAAAAAUUGACAGGAUCCCCUCUUCCUCAUGUUUCCAACUUGCCUUGGGUAGUUUUGCAAUGGCACUAGAAUACUUGUGGGUUGUGCUGUGACUAGCUGGACCUGUGGUGGACCAAGGAUGUGACUCCUUGGCCACACUGAGUUACAGGGCCAGGCAGGAACCAUGGGAGGUGGUGCCACCAAGUCAGAAACAAAAUGCCCCAAAGCCAAACCAAGAUCCAGUGUAGGCGGUGCUAUUUUUGUACUCAAGAGAGUGUGAUGAGGGAGACACUGAAGGUCUGGCAAAGAAAUGGGUGUUGAUGGCACUCCCUAAUUCUUUCCGCUUAUAGAUAUUGUCUUUCUGAGCUUUCCAUUGUCACAAGAGGAGAUUUUUUAUGCCCGAAAGUGCCACUGCUUUCUCACCGAUAUCAUCUUGGAUUCCAUAAGGCAGAAGGACCCCAAGAAAAUGACUGCCAAAGUCGAGCUGCUUGUGCAGAGGCUGUGGGUAAGAAUACAACAUGGCUGCUCUUGGGCUUAUAGAGGUCUUGGGUGCCAAUCCCGAAACCAUGUGGCCUGUUGGCACAAGCUCUGCUCGCCUAGGGCAUAUCACCUGCUGAGACCUCCUUCCUAGUCUAACAGCUUGACUGCGAGCUCUGGGAAUAUUUGGAGACCACCAAAAGGCAAUAAGCCUUGCCCCACCCUCAUGUCUCCCUUCUUCUAAGGCUUCUGCGGAAGAGAAUCCUGCAGCCAUUCCUGCCUUCCUGGUCCUGUUUCUUCACCUCCCCCCCUUCCUCACAAUCCUGCUAACUGCUCUUCUACGCAGUUGGCUCUGGAAAAUGGUUGCUGUGUGCCCUCAUUUCUUGCAGAGCCUAGAGAUCACAGCUAAGGAGUUUGUGGCUGACUUGCUGAAUGUGGCGCCCUUUAAAGCAGAUAGUCAUGCUUGUGAGAAGUUACUGAAAUGGAUUGAAGUAAGUGCGAACUAUUGAUUUGCUUCCUUUUGUAGUGGAGGACAGGGACUGCUGCUGACCCAGAAAGACCAGGCUCUCGCUGCUUGCUUUGUGACUUCCUCCAUUUGAUUGAACAGAAGGGCUGUGGGGGGGGGGAAGGAGGGAGAGCCUCAGAACCCACAGUGUCAGCUUGGAUAACAGGUUAAUGUUUGAGCAGAGCUGAGUGAAAUUUGCAGGCAUAGGAGCUCAUUCUGAGGAUAUGAACUCUGCCAAAUUGGUUCAGGAUUUCACUUUUACUGAGUGCUUACUUUCUACUGUGAGUGUUCUUUAAAAGACAGCAUCAACAAAUGUAUGUCACUUUUAUUUCUUAGAAGAAUUGGAUGAAAUUUGAAAGUCUAAAUGUCAGGUAAAUGGGUGCAGGGUUUUUUAUUUUGGCAAGGGGAACCUGUAAAGUUUCUUUUUUUAAGGAUCCCUUUAGCCUAUGGGGCCCUCACACCUCCUUCUCAAAGCCCAGUGCCUUGCUUACCUGGUUUUGGGAAGGUGGCAUGAGGGCUGGGGUGCGUGUCAAAUGUUGCUGAGGGCCACCAAAAAAAGCCUCAAGGGCCGCGUGUUGGACCACCGUGCACUAGCUUGUGGAACAGGUGGAGAAGGUGGCCAGUAAGCCUGUUGUUCUGCUGGACCAUCCACAUCCAGGGGUGUCAGGAGGACCUGGCCCAAGCUAUCCUAGGUACACCUCUCUUGUCCACUAACCAGUGUUCCUGGGGAGAUGCUGUGGAGGGCAGACAUUGGUUCAGGAAGUGGGGACAGACACCAUCUCCCUGUUGUGAUCCUCAAGCUGUUCUUGGAGCCACAGGGCCCUUGAAUGCUGCCAAAGCCAGCCACAAAGAGCAGAGAAACAGCUUGAGAUCUGUUUCUUCUGUGACCCUCCCAACAGCAUUUGCGAUUGGAAGUAAAAAAUAGCUCCAGUAAAAGCGUUUCCCAAUUCAAAACAAAACUGCAUAUCGACUCCUCUCCCUCACCCCUCCACCCUCUCUAGCAUUUCUCAUUUUUGCAGACGUUGAGGUACAAAAUGUAUCAGAUUAGUUGGAUGGGAUUUGUGCCUCUUUGAAGAUGUUUGCGCACAAUUACUAUAUAUAUUAUAUAUUUAUUAUUUGUACCCCGCCCAUCUGGCUGGGUUUCCCCAGCCACUCUGGGCGGCUUCCAUAGAAACCAAAAAUACACUAAAAUAUCACAGAUUAAAAACUUCCCUGAACAGGGCUGCCUUAAGAUGUCUUCUGAAUGUCAGGUAGUUAUUUAUCGCUUUGACAUCUGAUGGGAGGGCGUUCCACAGGGUGGGCGCCACUACCGAGAAGGCCCUCUGCCUGGUUCCCUGUAGCUUUGCUUCUCGCAAUGAGGGAACCACCAGAAGGCCCUCGGCGCUGGACCUACUAAAUUGCAUUCAACCUUUUCAUGCCCGAGUCCAUCUUUAAUCCUGACCUGCAUUGGAGGACCUGCAGUGGAGGAAGUAACUUCUAAAUUUUAAAUAUGUGUCUCCUGAGGCGUUUGGGUGGCCUUCUAUCUGGACACACACACUUCAGCCAGUGAUGGACUUUGCGCUCUCAAAUUUCAGUGGCACCUUGUGUGACACUAAAAAUCGCUGACCCCCCCCCCCCACCUCACACGCUCUGUUCUACAGCAUUGUUGUGGCGCCCCCUGCAGCACGGAUGCGCUACCCUAAAAGCACCUCUGCUUCCGCUCUGAGUGUUUGGCAGCUGGUUCAACAACUUAACCCUGAAGGGAGAAUGUCAUUGCCACUCCUUGAGCUGUUGCUAGCCUAUUUGUUUUUCCCUUUCAGUUUACUCUGCCAUUUGCCUGGAAGUACAGUUGCUGCAUUGACCUGCUGAUAAAAAAAGGUUACUUUCAAUCACUCUCUCAUUUUGUCAUAGGGAAAUAUUUACAGAAACCUUAAUAAAACUGAAAUCCUUUGUUUCCUCCGUCCAGAUAAAUCGGCUGCUCCCUUCAUGUGUAUCUAUUUAACUGGCAACAGGAGCCAUGUAGAAACUUAGUGGGGGUAUUAAAGUGGCACACAGGG